CAGGAACGCAGCCUAUAUAAGGCGCGGGCAAACCCCCCUACCCCUCCUCAAGCUGAAUCGGCUGCUUCGGUUUGAUCUAUCGAUUGAUUUGUUGCAAAAGCACGUACGCAAGAGAUGGACAGCAAGCUGAGCGUGCAGCACGGGCACAACCACAACAACGGAAUCUCCAAGCCGCCGGUGCACCACCACCACGGCGGCGGCAAGAGGAGCGGGAGGCAGCAGGGCGGCGGCGGGAAGGGGAUCAAGGUGGUGUACAUCUCCAGCCCCAUGAAGCUCACCGCCAGCGCCGAGGAGUUCCGCGCCAUCGUGCAGGAGUUCACCGGCCGCGACUCCAACGUCGCCGACCACGACCUCGCCGCUGCUGCCCACCUGGGCGCGUCCUCCUCCUCCUCUUCAUCUUCGUCCUACUCCUCGUUCGGCCGUGCCUCGCCGACAGCGCCGAGUGCAGAAGGCGCCCACGCUCUGCGGCCGACGAUAGCGACGGCCAGCGCCAUCUCUGGACGGGCGCCGGCCGAGUACGCUGCCGACGUGGGCGCGCAGCCGAUGUUCCAGGGUAUGUAUGAUCGAACGGGGAGCUUGCUUUACGGCCAGGACUACUGGUAGGAACGGAAUUUCCUCCUCUUACGUUUCCACAUGUGCCAUGCAUACAUAUGAACAUAUGUAUGCAUCUCCGUCUACUUAUGUUUACGCCGUGCAUCUCCAUAUGGGUUGUGCGUUGUGCGUGCAUGCUUCUUGUUGUUGGGUUGGUUCGAUAGAUCGAUCAUCUACCUUGUACUUGGUAUAAUUAAUAUGUCAAUACUAGAUGUAUAUAUGUUUUGCCUUUA